AUGGACCCUAAUUACUAUUCUCAAAAUUUAGAAAACAAUUUUGAUGAUUUUGAUCUUAACUCUGACAACAAUCAGCAUCCCGACUAUGAUUCUUAUUCGCAGGGUAAUUCUUCCUCUCAAAAUUUUCAACAAUCUUUUUAUGCUAACACUAUUGUUGACCGUGAAGCUAUAGAGGAACGUGUUAUGGAGACACAGGAACCGAUCAUGACACAUCCAUUGCCCGUCAACCUAAAUCAACCAAUUAAGGUUGCAUCUCAGUCUCGAAGUUGGUCAGGAUUGCAAAAAUGCACUGCAGCUAUCAGAAUGUUAGCAUAUGGUUUGGCUCCGGAUGCAAUUGAUGAAUAUCUGCGAAUGGGUGAAACAACUUCAAAAAAAUCAUUAUUACAUUUCACUCAAGGGGUAAUCAAGCAUUUUGAAGAGGAUUACCUAAGAAGUCCUACAGAUGAAGACUUAAGGAGAAUCCUUUAUCAAAAUGAAAUGCGCGGAUUUCCAGGCAUGAUCGGUAGUAUUGAUUGUAUGCACUGGGAAUGGAAGAACUGUCCUACCGCAUGGAGAGGUCAAUACCAAGGACGCAGCGGGAAAACGUCCCUAAUUCUUGAAGCUGUUGCAGAUCAAGAUCUAUGGAUUUGGCAUUCAUUUUUUGGUAUUCCUGGUUCAUCUAAUGACCUUAAUGUUCUGCACCGUUCUCCUGUUUUUGAUGAUGUUUUGACAGGUAAGGCACCUCCUAUCACUUUUCAGGUGAAUGGACAUGAAUACAACAUGGGGUACUACCUCACAGAUGGUAUUUAUCCAAAUUGGGCUACGUUCAUUCAAGGAUUUUCUCGUCCCCAACUUGAAACGGAAAGGUUGUUUGCUAACAGACAAGCGCAUGUUUGUAAGGAUGUUGAACGUGCAUUCGGAGUUUUGCAAGCAAGAUUCGCCAUUGUACGACAACCAUCUCUAGCUUACGAUGAAGAUAUAUUAGGCGAUAUAAUGAAGGCUUGUAUCAUCUUACACAACAUGAUAGUUGAGGAUGAACGAGAUAUGUAUGUCCGAGCUGAUGUGUUACGAAGGUACUAUGAAGAAGAUCUUUCGAGCUUAACCGCAACAGUGAAUAAUGGUGAACCCUUUGAGUUCCAGACUGGACAACCCUACUCCAUUAACGCAUUAUUGGGGAGAAUAACAGCUUUGCGUAGCAGUCAAAUUCAUCACUCUUUGAAAGAGGAUUUAAUUGAGCAUAACUGGCAAAAGUAUGGAGGCAAUAAUCAUUAA